AUGGCGACAGUUGGAGAGGUCUUUCAAACAAGCAGCAUCGUGAGCGUCCUGCUCUUCCUGAAGUACUUCAUCACGAACCUCCGCUGGGGGCUUCUGAAAGGUAAGGCCAACAUGCGAGCAAAGGAGGAUUUCAACAACAACCCGGACGCAACGCAGGAAGAUGUCGACAGGGCGACAGCUGCAGGCCGCAUUGUCCAGAACGACAUCGAGAACAUCCCUUUCGGACUGAUCUUCAUCUGGGGCGCAGCUUUGUGCAUCCUCUGUGUCCGCAGCUCUAUGAAAGACGCAUCAGGACUGUGCACUGCGCACAUCGUCCUCUCGGGCAUCUUCGCUACAGCGCGCGUGGCCCACUCGAUCGUCUACAUCCUUGGUCUGUCACUCCCCCGGGGUGGCAUCUUCAUGCUUGGUACCUCGUCCCUCUUCGGCUUGGGAAUCCUUAGCAUCGUUGCAGCCUUCGACAUCGACCUUUGA